AUGGCAGGCCUUAAGACCAUAAUCGUCCUCUCCUUCAUACUCGCCAUCGGCUUUCUGCUGGUCAUCCUCUCCUCAGCACUCUUCGAAUCCUACCUCACUCUGCUCGUAGUUGCGACAUACGUAAUCGCGCCUCUGCCUAAUUGGAUAUGCGCAAAAGCACAACAACAGGACGACUUUAUGGACAAUGGCAGCAGCAGUAUCAUUGAGCUGGGAAGAUUCAUCACGGGCUUCUUAGUGGUCAUGGGAAUUGCUCUCCCCGUUAUUCUGGCACACUGCGAUCAGAUCAAGAUUCCCGCUAUGAUCAUGAGUAUCAUCGGAGGUCUGCUGAUUUAUGGGACCAUUAUAUCCUUCACCCUGUUCUUCCGAGAACAGGAAGAAUUUUAA